AUGCACAUCAGAGAAUGGCUGGCAGAGGAGACCUGCGAGCAAGCAUCAGAAGGAGGCUCAGCCAGGCCUUGGCCCCAGACCCACUUUUCGAUGUGGGCAGUGACCACCGGCACCCUCCUGGUGGGUAGGCUUCGGGACGCACACCUUUGCACCUGCGCGCUGGGGGCUCCAUCCCGACCCGGUCUCUCCCAGGCAGCGCCCAGGUCGGGACCUCGCCUCCCACUGCUGCUUCUGCUGCUGCUGCUGCUGCUGCCGCCCCACACCCACUCCUCCGUGUUCACCAUCGGGGUGUUGGGCCCCUGGACCUGCGACCCCAUCUUCUCCCGUGCCCGCCCGGACCUGGCCGCCCGUCUGGCUGUCUCCCGCUUGAACCCGGCCCUGGAAGGUGGUCCCCGCGUCGAUGUCGUGCUACUGCCGGAGCCGUGCCGGACGCCGGGCGCUCUGGGGGCUGUGACCUCGGCACUGGCCCGCGUCUCCGGCCUCGUGGGUCCGGUGAAUUCUGCCGCCUGCCGGCCGGCCGAACUACUCACUCACGAGGCAGGGGUUGCGCUGGUGCCCUGGGGCUGUCCGGGGACGCGGGCGGCGGGCACCACGGUCCCUGCCGGGACUCCCGCAGCGGAUGCCCUCUAUGCCCUCCUGCGGGCGUUCCGCUGGGCGCGCGUAGCCCUGGUCACCGCACCGCAGGACCUGUGGGUGGAGGCGGGACGCGCGCUGGCCGUGGCGCUCCGUGCUCGGGGCCUGCCAGUCGCUCUGGUGACCACCAUGGAGCCCUCGAACCUCGCUGGCGCCCGAGAGGCCCUGAGGAGGGUCCUCGAAGGACCCAGCGUCAGAGCAGUGGUCAUGGUGAUGCACUCCGUGCUGCAGGGCGGCGAAGAGCAGCGCCGCCUGCUGGAGGCCGCAGAGGAGCUGGGCCUGACAGACGGCUCUCUGGUCUUCCUGCCCUUCGACACGCUUCACUACGUCGUGACCCCAGGGCCCGAGGCCUUGGUCGCACUCGCCAACAACUCCCAACUUCGUAGGGCCCACGAUGCUGUGCUCACCCUCACGCGUCAUUGUCCCGCAGGAGGUAGCGUGCUGGACAGUCUGCGCAGGGCUCAAGAGAUGCGGGAGCUGCCUCCUGACCUCAAUCCACAGCAGGUGUCCCCACUCUUUGGCACCAUCUAUGAAGCAGUCUUCAUGUUGGUGCGAGGCGUGGUAGAGGCACAGGCAGCCAGAGGAGGGGGCUGGGUGUCUGGAGCAGCUGUGGCCCGCCAUGCUCAGGAUGUCCAGGUCCCUGGCUUCUGUGGGACCCUGGGAGGAGUUGAUGAACCUCCGUUUGUGCUGCUGGACACAGAUGCGGUGGGGGACCAGCUGUUCGCCACAUACACACUGGACCCUGCCCGGGGCUCCCUCCGCUCCUCUGGGACUCCGGUUCAUUUCCCUCAAGGGGGACGGGGGCCUGUGCAGGACCCUUGGUGCUGGUUUGACCCUGAUAUCAUCUGCAGUGGAGGAGUGGAGCCCAGCCUCGUCUUUCUCAGCUUCCUCCUGGUGGUUGGGAUUGGCCUGACCGGGGCCUUCCUGGCUCAUUACAUGAGGCACCGGCUGCUGCACAUCCAAAUGGUCUCUGGCCCCAAUAAGAUCAUCUUGACUCUGGAUGACAUCACCUUCCUCUACCCACAGAGAAGUAGCUCUCGAAAGGUAGUCCAAGGGAGUCGAUCAAGUCUGGCUGCCCGAAGUGUGUCAGACAUCCGCAGUGUUCCCAGCCAGCCCACUGACAUCUCCAACAUUGGCCUCUUUGAGGGAGACUGGGUUUGGCUGAAGAAAUUUCCAGGGGAUCAACAUGUAGCUAUCCACCCAGCAACCAAGACAGCCUUCUCCAAGCUCCGAGAGCUGCGGCACGAGAACGUGGCCCUCUACCUGGGGCUUUUCCUAGCACCAGGCGCAGACGGAGCCACAGCACCAGGGGAAGGCAUCCUGGCUGUGGUCUCGGAGUACUGUACCCGGGGCUCCCUACACGAUCUCCUCGUUCAGAGAGACAUCAAGCUGGACUGGAUGUUCAAGUCUUCCCUCCUGUUAGAUCUCAUCAAGGGAAUGAGAUAUCUACACCAUCGAGGCGUCGCUCACGGGCGGCUUAAAUCCCGGAACUGCGUGGUGGACGGGAGGUUUGUGCUCAAGGUCACCGACCACGGCCACGGGCAAUUGCUGGAGGCGCAGAGGGUGUUACCAGAGCUCCCGAGCGCAGAGGACCAACUAUGGACAUCCCCGGAACUGCUUCGGGACCCGGCCCUGGAGCGUCACGGCACGCUGGCCGGCGAUGUCUUCAGCCUGGGCAUCAUCAUGCAGGAAGUAGUAUGUCGAAGCGCUCCCUACGCCAUGCUAGAGCUGACUUCUAAGGAAGUGGUGCAGAGGUUGCGGAACCCCCCUCCACUGUGUCGGCCUUCGGUGUCCACGGACCAGGCGCCCAUGGAGUGCAUCCAACUGAUGUAUCAGUGCUGGGCAGAGCAACCUGACCUUCGGCCCUCCAUGGACCGCACCUUCAACCUGUUCAAGGGCAUCAACAAGGGUGGAAAGAGGAACAUCAUCGACUCAAUGCUGCGGAUGCUGGAGCAGUACUCAAGCAACCUGGAGGACCUAAUCCGAGAGCGCACAGAGGAGUUGGAGUUGGAAAAGCAAAAGACAGAUCGGCUGCUCACACAGAUGCUGCCUCCGUCUGUGGCUGAGGCCCUGAAGAUGGGUACACCUGUGGAGCCUGAGUACUUUGAGGAAGUGACACUGUACUUCAGUGACAUCGUGGGCUUCACCACUAUCUCAGCCAUGAGUGAGCCCAUUGAGGUGGUGGACUUGCUCAAUGACCUCUACACUCUCUUUGAUGCCAUCAUUGGAGCUCACGAUGUCUACAAGGUGGAGACUAUUGGAGACGCCUAUAUGGUGGCUUCGGGGCUGCCUCAGCGGAAUGGACAGCGGCAUGCAGCGGAAAUCGCCAAUAUGGCAUUGGACAUACUCAGCGCUGUGGGUUCCUUCCGCAUGCGCCACAUGCGGGAGGUGCCGGUGCGCAUCCGCAUUGGCCUGCACUCAGGCCCCUGCGUGGCCGGCGUGGUAGGUCUCACCAUGCCGCGGUACUGCCUGUUUGGGGACACAGUCAACACUGCCUCUCGCAUGGAGUCCACUGGGCUGCCUUACCGCAUCCACGUGAAUUUGAGCACCGUGCAGAUUCUCCGUACCCUGGAUGAAGGCUUCCAGACAGAAGUGCGAGGUCGUACAGAGCUGAAAGGCAAGGGCGCUGAGGACACCUACUGGCUGGUGGGCAGACUCGGCUUCAACAAACCUAUCCCUAAACCGCCCGAUCUGCAGCCAGGGACCAGUAAUCACGGCAUCAGCCUGCAGGAGAUUCCACCCGAGCGUCGCUGGAAGCUGGAGAAGGCUAGGCCUGGCCAGUUUCAGAUAUAG